UCUGAAGGAUAUAAAAACCUGUUUGAGAACUUAUUUGACAUCAGGGAUGUGCAGCUUUGCCUUCAAGGCAAUUCAGCAUGCUUGUUUUGAGUUGUGUUUUUAUUGGCUCUUAAGGAUAUCAAACUUGUUUGAGAAGUUAUUUGACAUCAGGGAUAUCCGUCUUUCCCCUCAAGGCAAGUCAGUGUCCUAAACAAUGGCUGUGUCUUACAAAUUGUCUCUCACCCACACAUUUUUUGGACCAACCCAUGUUUAUGUAGAAUAUCGACUAACCUUACAGCAAGACAAAAUGUGCAGGAGAACUUUGUAAGUUAGCCAUGACAUCAUGUGUACUGAACAAGUUGACUUCUCUGUUCUUUUUCAACUCAUGUCCCCACAGAAACGCAAACGUAACACCUCCAAGACUCAUUAAUCAAGUCAAUAUUUGGUCAAAACAUGCUGAAUAAUUGAUGCGCCCAAACACGUUUACCACUUUGUUUUUUUCCAACUCAUGUCCCCAAAGAAACACAAACGUAACACCUCCAGGACUCAUUAAUCAAGUCAAUAUUUGGUUAAAACAUGAUGUUAGUUGGUGUGCCCGAAUGAGUCUUUUGGGGACAAGGUCAAAGAUGGGGGCUUGGCUGGAGCUGGCGUCAACAUGGAGCAAGCAAACAUAAAGCCAGCGUAGAGUCUGCUGUGAUAGGACUCAACAGUGUAAAUGUUAACGCAGGGUCCCCCCCCCCCCCUGCAUCUUCUACAUUCAUGCUACCCACCAACGUGACGUUCUGGAUCUCACCGGAGGAGCGAGCGUUGUCUGCGGCCUUCAUCGCCAUCGUCAGCAAUAUCUUCUUGGUGGUCAACGGGGUCAUGCUGUUCACCUUGAGGAGUAAACGUAUGUUUCGGGAGACAUCGCGCUACAUGCUGCUGUAUAACCUGCUGCUUGGAGACACGCUGCAGCUUGCCCUCGGCCUGUUGUUGUACUUGUUUAACGUCUCACGCGUCAUGAUGGCGUACGACUUAUGCAUCGUGCUCAGCAUGCUCAGCGGUCUCACCAGUAGGAUAUCACCUAUGAUGCUGGUGAUAAUGUCGCUGGAGAGAUACGUGGCCGUGUGUCACCCUCUCAGACAUGCCUCUGUUAUGACUGUCAGGAACACGACGGCGGCAGUGAUCACCGUGUGGGUCGUUGGUUUUCUCAAUGCUUUUAUUCAGGGGCUUUUAAUGUUGCUGUUUCGUGCAGACAAGAUGGAGAGUUUGCUCAAUACAUACAAUUGCAACAAUGCAAAUUUCUUCUUUGUGCCUGUUUCUGAAAUGUACUACAAAGUGUCCAUAUAUGUUCUGUUCAUCACAGCAAGCCUGAGCAUCCUUUUUAGUUACGUCGGCGUGGUGGUGGAAGCCAGAUCGGCGGCCACGGACAAAAGCUCGACCCGUAAAGCUUUGAACACGUUGCUGCUGCAUCUGCUACAGCUUGGCCUCUGCCUCUUGUCCACCUUCUUCUCCAGCAUCAUGACAUACCUCGCAACUUUGAUGAGCUGGGUGACCACGGUUCGAGUCCAGCUAUUUUUAUUUGUAUGUGUUUUCCUACUACCCAGAUGUUUGAGUUCUCUUAUUUACGGGCUGAGAGACGAGAAUAUCCGAGUGGUGAUAAUGGGCCGUCUCUGCUGUCACCUCAAAGUGUCAGUCGGUACCGUCAAAAUUGCGCAUGCGUCCUGA